AAGACUACUCCAGCAACCAUCACCAACCACAUUUUCAUAAAUCCCGUGGCAUCAUCAUGCUUAAGGGCAUCCUCAAAUGGUAUUAAAGGGACUUUGCAGUGACUGUGGAACCACCCCCACCAAAUCCCUCACUUCUAAAGCCUUCUGCUCUGCUCUCACUCUCCAAAGACGGCUUUCAUGGAGGAUACCAAACGAAAGGAUCGCAUUGCAGAACUGUACCAAGCUUUGAAGAAAAAAAACAAGUAUCUGUCCCAAAUCAACCUUGAUCAGCCUCUUGAAGACCCAUUGCAGACAAUUAGCAAUAUUUACGACAACACAUUCCUUCAUCUGGCCAUUCGCUUCAAACAAAAGGAUAUGGUAGAAGAGUUACUCAUGAAAUUGCUGCCUAGAGAAGGAAACCCUCCACUUUGGAAUAUAAAAAACAAGGAAGGCAACACUAUACUCCACGAACUAGCCUGCAGCGAUUCUAUGAAGAAUCUGGCACAGGAGGCGUUGAAGAUCUGUAAGGACAAAGAUUCGGAGUUGCUAACUGCGCGUAACGAGUUAGGAGAGACGCCUAUUUUUUGUGCAGCCCGCCAUGGUCAAACUGAAAUGUUUCAGUUUCUGGCUGAGGAAAUGAAUUUAAACAAAAGAAGUGAAGAUGAAGUUAAACACCAUUUGCAGAGGCGUGAUAACACAACAGUUCUUCAUAUUUCCAUCACGACUGAGUGUUUUGGUUUAGCCCACUUCAUUGCGAAGAGCUACAAAUGUUUAAUAGAAGAAAUGGAUGAAGACUCCAUGACUGCUCUUCGGUAUAUCACAUGCAAUUCAAGAGCAUUUGGAAAGCAAAAAAUAGGAAAACGAGAAUUCAUAGUGGAUAUCAUUGAAUCUAAAUCAGAUCAGAAACAAGGACUUAGAGAUGUGAUAAGUGCAGCGAUAAAGGAACUCAUCGACUCCGAUUGGAGCCUUGAAGAGGCAGUGAAGAAAAGUGACGAAAGAAUGCAUUGUGAGAAACUCGCCCAGAUUUUGGUAAAGGAGGAUACUUCAUGGCGUGCUAGUGGUGAUGACCAAAACACAGUAGAAACGGCCUCUGAAUUGUCCCAAAAACAGGAAGGGAAAAUCUCUCCAGGAAGUACUUCGACUAGUGAGUAUAACAAAAGCGUUGAAAAUCCAUUAUUGUUGGCAACAAUAUCAAACAUCCCAGAGAUUGUCAAAGCAAUACUCGAUUGCCAACCUCAAUUGCUUGGGCAUACUAAUAAGUACUGUGAAGAAAAUCCAUUAUUUUUGGCAACAAUAUCAAACAUUUCAGAGAUUGUCAAAGCAAUACUCGAUCGCCAUCCUCAAACCAACAAGAAGAGCCACGAAGAUUUAUUAUUUUUGGCAACAAUGUCUAACACUCCACAGAUUGUCAGACAGAUACUCAUUCAUCAUCCUCAGGCCAUUGAGCAUACUAAUAAGGAGGGAAUGAAUAUAUUACAUGUGGCAAUCCUUUACCGUCAUGAUCAAAUUUUUGAUAUGGUGGUAGAAGAGUUUGAAGUACUUUCAAGAAGGCUAUUAUCAGCUACAGAUAAUGAAGGGAACUCAUUACUACAUAUGGUUGGCAAAAAAAAAAAAAGUGAAGUCCGUGAAAAGAUGCAAAACCCUGCACUCCAGCUACGAACAGAGUUUGUGUUAUUUAAGAAAGUGAAGAAAGCUUGUCAGGUGCAUGUCGCCAAGCCUCUCAACAAAGAGAACAAGACUGCUGAAGAAUUAUUUGCUACUAGGAAUGAGAAACUCCAUAAGGAAGCCAAGGAAUGGCUAAUGCGCACCACUGAGAAUUGCACCCUUCUUUCUGUUUUCAUAGCCACAGUUGCCUUUGCAGCAGCCUAUACCGUACCAGGAGGUCCUGAUCAAAAUACCGGUAUUCCAAUCCUUAACUGCAAACCCUUCUUUGUGGUUUUCAUUUUAGCUGAUUUGAUCUCCCUCACUUGGGCUUUGAGAUCUGUGGGUAUAUUUCUCUCCAUCCUUCAAUCCUCAUUCCUAUUAGAAGACUUCGAGAAACAUCUUUUUAAGAAGCUGAUACAUGGAAUUAUAUGUUUGACGCUCUCGGUCUUAAUGAUGGCGGUGGCAUUUGGAGCAACAAUCAUCCUGAUAAUGGAACAUAAUUGGAAAAAGGCUGUUUGGCAUGUUGUUGCAUUCCUUCCUGUGCCCAUUUUUUUCCUCUCAUAUUCACCUCUAUUUUCAGCAGUCCUGCGAACUGGCCCAGGAAAAUUGUUCAAAAAAGUUUUAAAAGCCAUCAAAGCUGUUGCUCUUGUGGCUCUAAUAAUCCUUCUUGGCGUCAUUAUUCAUAUCUGUAGAGCUUGCAGGAAACUGUUCAAUUCUGUAGCAAAGGCUUGUGGGUAUAAAUCCCAUCCCAAAUCCGAUACCCAAUCUCCUCAGCAAACUGCAGAUCCAGGUGCUGAAGUUUGAAAGGACAAACAGAAACUCUUUUCAGAGCACGUGCAUGGAUGAAUUGUCUUCUCCUUUCCUAUAUAUUUUCAAGUAGUAACAGAGCAUGUCUGUGUAAAGUUGAUUAGCAUAUUGAGAACGUAGUAUCAGUUGAUGACUCAUUAUGAUGCAUGUGUGUUUUAAAUUUUAAUUUUAGAGACCGUUAUUAUGAUUUAACUACAUAAUUUUAUUAUUUGUUUUUAGUAUUGCUUUCCUUUAUCAA